AUGGCGUCUGCGGUCUUUGUGCGCCUGGCGGACCUGCUGGGUCUGCCUGUGGACUAUGCCAAGUUGGCAGCGUGCCUCGUGAUGUCGUUCGUGCUCAGUCCGAUCCUGCCUCGUCUGCCUCGCGCGUGGAUGCGGCACAUGAUGAACAUGGGCGUGUCAGCCCUGUUUCUCCUCGGCGUCUUGCAGCUGUACCGCGGCGUGGUGCACCUGCUGGGCGCGUCGCUCUUUACGUAUGCUGCCGUGUACUUCCGCCUCGGCGGAGCAAAGUACAUGCCGUGGAUCGUGUUUGUGGCGUGCAUGGCGCACAUGCUGUACACGCACUGUGUGCGUGAGCUCAACCAUGUGCCGCUGACGACGAUCGAAAUCUCGUCGAUGCACAUGGUCCUGGUGAUGAACCUGACGUCGUUCGCCUGGAGCUGCCGCGAUGGCCAGCUCGUCGCGAUCGACACACUCGACGAGGUGCAGAAGGCCGUGCGCAUCACGCAGAUGCCAUCCCUGCUCGCCUACUUGGGCUACUGCUUCUACUUUCCCGGCGUGCUCGUGGGUCCGUCGACGCGGUUCCGCGACUACGAGCUGUGGUCGACGGGCGAGCUGUACGCGCCAGCCACGCGGCCGCCGCGCGGCCGCUGGGCCGAGUCCCUGCGCGAGGUGGGCACGGCGCUCGUCUCGCUCGUCCUCAUGGUAGGCUUCUCGGAGCCGUUCAGCUACGACCGCCUGAUCCGCGCGGACGACGUGCUGCACACAUGGCCGCUGUGGCACCGCAUCCUCUUCGUGCAAGGCGCCGGCCUCGUCGCGCGCUUCCGCUUCUACGGCGUGUGGUCGCUGUCGAACGCCGCCUGCAUCCUGUCCGGUCUCGCGUACCACGGCAUCGAUCCAGCGACGCACCACGCGCGCUGGACGCGGUGCAAGAACGUCUUUGUCAUGCAGAUCGAACUCGCGCACAACUGGAAAGAGGUGCUCGAUGCGUGGAACGCCAACACCAACAUGUGGCUCCGCGAGGCCGUGUACAAGCGCCUCGCCGGGCAGCGCAAGCCAGGCUUCGGCAGCUUCAUGGGCACGUUCCUCGCCAGUGCGAUCUGGCACGGCAUCGCGCCGGGCUACUACCUCUCGUUCGUCACGGCCGCGCUCGGCCAGUGGCUCGCUCGCCGUCUGCGCAAGAGCGUGCGCCCUCUCUUUUACGCGGACGUACGCCGACCGGACCCGUCGUGGACCAACAUGUCCGAGUACACGCUCGCGCAGAUCGUGUAUGCCUGCGUGUCGAACAUCGUGACCAUGUCGUCCGUGUGCUAUGCAGUCAUCCCGUUCUUUGUGCUGACGCUACGUGGCUCGCUCCAGGCCUUCCAUGCCGUCGCGUGGCACUACCACAUCCUCAUCUUCGGCGGCCUCCUCGCCUUCCAGCUCGGCGCCGAUAAGCUCCUGCGCCCGUUCAGCAAGGUCAAGCGUUCAUAG